AUGGGAAACAGGAAACUGAACAAUAAUGUUCGAGCAGCUAUCAUCACUGGGGCAAAAGACCUAUUCAGACACAGCAUGAUGACCAAGCUAGUAUCUGAUGUACCAUAUGCCAAGUCUGAUAUACCAGAUUUUUCAUAUAAACAACUUACAACUGUUAUAGCCAUAACAGGCGUUUAUAGCUUAAACGCUAUACUAAUGUAUUUUGUUAUAUAUAAGUUUGCUUUAUUUGGCGGCACAGCCAUAGAGAAGAUGGCCCCCAGAAAGCAGCAAGGCAAAUCACCUGUGAAACCAAACACUAGCACGGUAGAGGCAUGUGACAAAGUCGGGAAAGUAAAAAAUGGUCGCGUCAGCAAACAAUGUACUAGUAAACAAACGUCAGCAAAACUUAAAGACACUUACAAACAAUCACUUCCGAAAUUAAACCGUACUGCAUCUAAGAACAAUAAUCGUAGGCGUUUACCGCCAACAAGACGGAGGCAUAAAACGAACACUAUACAAGAAUCCUCUGAGGAUGAAGAUACUUUCGACCCGGAGAUGAUUAUUGAAGAUGCAAUCCCAACAGACAGUGAAAACUCUUCAGACUCAGAUGAAGAAACUCUGGGAGACAUUGUAUCUGAGCACCCACAAGUUCUUACAAAUAAGGCUAAACAUAUCCUUGGUAAAUUAAAUCAUUUACCCGAUCUAUCGUCACGUUUACAGAUCGUACAGUUCAAAGCUGCAGCACCACAUAUGGACAAAGAUCCCACAGACGUGGAGUCAAUAGUUUUAGAUCUGUGCAUUGUUUGCAAUUUCAAUUUGGUUAGAUUUAAGCAUGAUCAAGACGAUUAUGCAAGUAGAAGUUUAACAGUUGAACCGAAACUGAGUGACGACAGUACAUCGAGUGAAUCGUCUAAUGGUGCAGGCCCUGAUCUCGACGACAGAACACUGUGUGUAUCGUCUACUAGCUCAAACCCUGAGUCAGACUUACAGAAACUUAGUGACGACAGUAUAAAUGAAUCGUCUGCAGACCCUGGUCUUGACGAACCGCAACUGAAUGACGACAAACGUUAUAGUGAAUCGACCACUGGAGCAAACCCUAAUUUAGCCGACAAAAAUGCAUGGCGGCAUUGUAUUGAAACAAAAGACGAACAACUAGCAAAGGAACUCGUAAAGGGAGACAACCUACCACAAGAUGUCGAAUUAGAAGAAGCUUGCACAAUAUUUGGCGUUAUCUCGUCAAUCAUGCAGCAGAUCUUUCGAUCCAUUGAAGACAAGAUUACAGCUUUAUCCAGCUCAAUAGUUUACACACAAGCUUGUCACCUUGCUAAACCAUCGGGCAAUAUCGUAUUUGUUGCCUUUACAGAAGGGGUAUAUCCAGACAUUUAUUACAUGCCUUAUAGAGUACUUGUUCGAAAAAUGACUGACUGUAGCGGUGAAGCAAACACUAUUAUUGAGAAGGAGGUGGCUGACAAUAAGCCUUUCUGUCAGCACGACAUAGAAAAGAUAGCCUGCUGCUUACGGCAUCACUCACCCAGACUAAUGGAAGAGCACAGCAACCUCACAAUGACAAGUGCAAGUCGUUAUAAGUGCAAGUAUUAUGACAGCCAUACAUUGGAAACGAAAUUAGAACCGGAGCCAUGCAUUGUGUUUUAUGUUCAAGCUAAGGGAUUGAUUCCUGUUGGUGAAAAACUUCUACCUGAUACACUAACUAUUGGGGAUACUACAUUCAAAACAGAUGUGAGAGAAGGGGGGCGUGUUUCAUUCGCUGUAGGUGGAAGGCCCACAGAAAAGCACCAAAAUCUAAAAGUAGGAUGCCGAAUCACAAGUAAAGAUGGAGCAGGAACUAUAGGGGGCUUUGUGAAUCACCCAAAGUAUGGUUUUUGCGCUGUGACAUGCGCACAUGUGCUGCUAAGUGGAGAAGAGAUGAUUGAUUACAAAAAGGGGAAAAAAGUGAAAGUUAAACGAAAUUGUUAUCAACCAUCAGAACCUGACAAGUGUGGACAACUUCUGGAGAUAAUGUUGCGUGGAGGGGAUGCUAAUACCACAGGUUUGGAUGUUGCUUUUGUGAAAGUUGAUGACGACAGACAACCUAUAAGUGGUGAUUUUCCCGAUUAUAGCUUUAAGGACUGGGCGGGAACAUGCGGUUAUUGCAAGGACGGUUUGUUCAAGGCACAGCUAGCCUACAAUUCUGGUGCAGUGUUAUCGAAACAUGUACUUUCUUCCGACACAAAAGUCGUGAAAUAUGGUCAAAAGACAAUGUUAACGGAAGGCAAGCUUCAGAUAUGUGGUGGAUCCUCAGCUCCGGAAAUAAUUAUAAACACAGAAGGAAAAACAAAGAGAAAGACCUUUGUUUUUCAUGACCAAUUUCACAUUUUUGACAUAUAUCACGCAUUUUGUACAAACGGUGAUUCUGGGUCAUUAAUUUUUAGUCGUGGUUCGGACAACAAUCUGAGCGCGAUAGGUAUUCUUAUCGGUAAAAGUAACAGUAUAAAAGUUUCGUAUGCGACUCCUCUAAGCAGUAUCCUUAGAGAAAUUGGUCAACAAGACCCAUUCAGUCUGGUUAGCUUUGACCCAAAUCAGCGUCUAGAAAAUAAAAUAAACAAAACGUACUCGGAAGUGAAAAACAUAUUAGAGACGCAUUCUACACGUAUUUCGGACGUUCAUAAUGCUGUGCAAGAACUGAAAGACGAAAUGAAAACUACAUCAGAAAAUCAGAUCAAAGAAAUCAAAUCAAUGUUUGAAGAGCUGAAGCCAAAGGUUGACUAGCAGAAGACAGCAGUAUCAACAAAAUAAUACAAAUACCAACGGAAAUUCGGCAAUAUAUCAUUAGUACUUACAUUCUUUGAAGAACAUAACAGCAUAGCAGAAAGAAUGGUAAUUUUCUUAUCAUAGAACUUAUUUAUAAAAUUGAUAUGAAUGAAACAAGCUCUAACUGCAUGUUGUAAAACGUGUCACCAUUAACACUGCUAUGCUGAUGCAAAAUGUAUGAUUUUUUUCGCUAGGAUAUCAUAGGAUAUCAACGAUCAGUUGGAUGUGUGGGUUUUUGCAUCAUACUGCUGUGAUGUAUUCAAAGUUCAAACAGACGCUCGGUAGAUCUAUUGCCUACUGUUUAGGUAGUUAGCAGGAAAUUUCUCAUGUUCAGUAAAAGCGUGGACAUAAAACAGUAUCAUACUAUGAAACUUAUAAUUGGACAUCGCUUAAAUUACAUUCAUUGCCAAAAUAUAAAAGAUAUGAAUGAAAUCUAUUUGAUUUUACCUACGAUAAAAACUGUUUCAUGAUAACAUUUUGGGUCAAAGAGCGAGAAAAUGUUGGUUUUAGAAUUCGGGAAAGUGAAAUGAUUCUUUUAUUAUAAAUAAGCUGUUUUUUAUAUUGUUAAGGUUGAGAAUUAG